AUGUCGUUCGCUCAAACGUCGGUUGAUCAAUCAAUAAGCACAUUUUCGAUUGUAACUCUACAUAGUAACAUCAAUAUGUCUGAACGUUAUGGAUUUUCAUUGACAACAUUUAGUCCCAGUGGUAAAUUAGUUCAAAUUGAAUAUGCUUUAAAUGCAGUAAAUGCCGGUUCACCAGCUGUUGGUAUUAAAGCUAAAAAUGGUGUUGUUUUGGCCACAGAGAAAAAAUCAAAAUCAUUAUUACAUGAUGAUCGAUCAAUACAUAAAGUUGAAUCAAUUUGUAAGAAUAUGGGAGUUGUCUAUAGUGGAAUGGGACCAGAUUUUAGAUUACUCGUUCAAAAAGCUCGUAAAUUAGCUCAAGAAUAUAUGUUAAUUUAUGAACAAAAUGUGCCACCAACACAAUUAGUUAAACGUGUUGCGGAUGUUAUGCAAGAAUAUACACAAUCAGGUGGUGUUCGUCCAUUUGGUGUUUCAUUAUUGCUAUGUGGUUAUGAUUAUGAUGAAGAUCGACCAUUUUUGUAUCAAUGUGACCCAUCGGGUUCCUAUUUUCCAUGGAAAGCAACAGCUAUCGGUCGAAAUUUUAUUAAUGGGAAAACAUUUUUAGAAAAACGUUAUUCUGAUCAAUUAGAAUUAGAAGAUGCUGUUCAUACCGCUAUUUUGACAUUGAAAGAAUCAUUUGAAGGACAAAUGACCGAAGAUAAUAUUGAAAUUGGUAUUUGUGAUAAAGAUGGAUUUAGACGUUUGACACCAGCUGAAGUUAAGGAUUAUUUAGCCUCAAUUGGUUAA